GUAUAACUCGCAUGCGGGUCGUUUCAGUGUUAAAUUGGGUGCAUUUUUAGUUUCAAGUUGAUCUACUAUUGGGUCGAAAUGCCGUGUUGGGGUUCGAAAUCGAAAUCGUACGAUACAAAAGAAAAAGGUAAAAAAGUGGACGCUGGUCGUAAAAAUAAGGGAAAUUUAGUGAACAAAGAGGCAGGAGUUUUAAAUAACGACGUAACCACUGUAACCAGUAAAGGAAAUUAUGAUUACGAUCUCGUCGUCAUUGGCGGAGGUUCCGGGGGUUUGGCGGCUGCCAAAGAAGCCACCGCUUUGGGUGCGAAAGUUGCUGUAUUAGAUUUUGUGACCCCAACACCACUGGGAACCAAAUGGGGUCUUGGAGGCACGUGCGUAAAUGUGGGUUGCAUCCCGAAAAAACUGAUGCAUCAAGCUGCUUUAUUAGGGGAAGCUAUUCACGAUUCUAAAAGUUAUGGAUGGCAAGUAGGCGAUAAUGUCAGUCACAGUUGGGAUGCAUUGAGAGAUGCCGUCCAGGCCCAUAUCAAAUCUGUCAAUUGGGUUACCAGGGUGGAACUGAGGGAUAAGGCUGUAGAAUACAUCAACGGCUUAGGAACGUUCGUAGACCCGCACACGGUGCAAGCGCAAACCAAACAGGGAGAGCGCCUCUUAAAAGCGAAAUAUUUCUUGAUCGCGGUGGGUGGUAGACCCCGAUACCCAGACAUACCCGGUGCGAUCCAGCACGGGAUCACCAGCGAUGACAUUUUCAGCCUGAACCGGGCACCGGGUAAAACAUGCAUAGUCGGCGCGGGAUACAUCGGUCUGGAAUGCGCGGGUUUCCUGAAAGGUUUGGGCUACGACGCCACCGUACUGGUCAGAUCUGUACCUCUGCGAGGUUUCGAUCAACAAAUGGCGAGCAUCAUUGUUGCAGAAAUGGAGGAUAAGGGCGUUAAGUUUGCUCACAAGACAAUCCCAAAAUCAGUGGAAAAACUGGAAACGGGCAAGUUAAAGGUCACAUGGACCGACGACCAAAAUCAGGAGUUCAGCGACGAGUUCGACACGAUCUUGUUCGCGAUCGGUCGCAGGCCUCUCACCAAAGAGUUGAACUUGGAGAAUGCCGGCGUCAAGGUGGCAGAAGACGGUGAGAAAAUUGAUGCCGAUAAUGAACAAACUAACGUGCCCCAUAUUUAUGCCGUUGGGGAUGUACUUUAUAAAAAACCUGAGUUAACCCCAGUUGCAAUUCACGCGGGUCGUCUUUUAUCUAGGCGAUUAUUUGGUAACGGUACUGUUAACAUGGAUUAUGAAAAUGUAGCCACAACGGUGUUUACACCUUUGGAAUAUGGAGCAGUAGGUUUAAGUGAAGAAAAAGCGAUCGAACGUUUCGGCGAAGAUAACUUAGAGAUAUACCACGCGUAUUACAAGCCCACGGAGUUUUUCAUACCGCAAAAGAACAUCACCCAUUGCUAUUUGAAAGUUGUAGCUUUAAGAGAGGGAGACCAGAAAGUACUUGGGAUGCAUUUUAUCGGGCCUCAGGCCGGAGAGGUUAUACAGGGUUUCGCCGCUGCUAUUAAGUGUAACUUGACAGUAAACGCGUUAUUAAGCACAGUAGGGAUCCACCCGACAAUAGCCGAAGAAUUUACGAGAAUCAGUGUGACCAAACGUUCCGGAAAAGACCCUAAUCCGGCCUCGUGCUGCAGUUAAACUUCUCUCCACACAUUCUCACGUGCUGACUGGCUCUUCCGGUUACUCCCACGCGUGUGUGCACACAUAAAAUGUACUUCACUGUUUUGCAUUGCAACAAAAAAAAACAAAGUAUUAUUGUAAACGAAUUUAUUGAAUUAUUUGCGGUCUACAACUUUGUUUUAUCCACUUUUUUUUUCAUUUAUAUAUUAUCUGUUAUACAAACUAAGUAAUAAAUUGUUAUUGAUUGAGAUGUUAGUCCUGUGAUACACUACCACUCAAAGAGGUGUAUUUUUUGUUUUUUUCUUUUGGAAAAUGAAACUGGGUUAUAAACACCCGCUGUUGGAUGAUAUAUUUUGGAUGUGAACAUUUAAAUAAAUUAUUCUUAGAUA